AUGAGUAAUAUUAAUGCUCUUCCACAUGUUGAUCGCGAAUUAGAUUUGUCUAACACGGGGAGAGGAGUAUGGCUAGUAAAAGUUCCUAAAUACAUAGCCAAUAAAUGGGAAAAGGCACCAGGUAACAUUGAAGUAGGAAAAUUAAAAAUAUCUCGAGUACCAGGACAGAAAGCACAAGUACAACUUUCACUUUCGGAAGCAGUUCUAUGCUUAAAAGAUCCUGGUGAACAAAAUAUACCAAAAGAGCAUCGCCUAGACGUGUCCAAUGUGACUCGGCAGUCUUUAGGUGUUUUCUCCCAUGUCAUUCCCUCAAGUACAGAUGCUGUUGUACCAGAAUCAGAGAAGCUUUAUAUGGAAGGUAGAAUAGUGCAAAAGUUGGAAUGUAGGCCCUAUGCUGAUAAUACAUAUUAUAAGCUAAAAUCAGAGUCCAUACGAAAGGCUUCUAUGCCGCAACGGCAAGUCCAACAAUUAGACCGCAUAGUGCAGAACUUUAAACCCGUAUCAGAUCAUAAGCAUAAUAUUGAAUAUCAAGAGAGAAAGAAAGCAGAAGGCAAGAAAGCCCGUGAUGACAAGGAUGCUGUCCUCAAUAUGCUUUUUGCUGCAUUCGAGAAACAUCAGUAUUACAAUAUCAAGGAUUUGCAAAAAAUUACUAAGCAGCCCAUAGUAUAUUUGAAGGAAAUUUUAAAAGAAGUAUGCAAUUACAAUUUAAAAAAUCCACACAAAAAUAUGUGGGAGUUGAAACCGGAAUACAGACAUUACAAACAGGAAGUUCCAGUUGAAACGAAAGAAGAUAAGAAUAGUUCAGACAGCGAC